UUCAACAUGGCUCUAAUCAUUUUAGCCUUAUUGUCAGUGCUGAUUGCUUUGGUCUAUAAGAUUUCCAUGUCUCCGUAUCAUGCCUUCAAGGAUCGUGGCAUAAUUCAUGAGCCACCAAAGCCAUUUAUCGGAAAUCUCAGUGUAAAAGUUAUGCUAGGACGAACUCCAUUUAUUCAGAUGUUAAUCGAUAAGUAUCAGAAGUUUAAGGAACAUAAAAUAUAUGGAUUUUACAAUAUAAGGGAGCCCUUCUUUGUGCUGCACGAUCAGGAGCUGAUCAAGAAGGUGUUCAUACAGGACUUUGAUCACUUCACCAAUCAUCGCGUAUUGAUACCCGAGUUCAGCGAAUCCUUAUUCUCCAAGUGUUUGAUAGCACUGAAGGAUGACAAAUGGAGGGAAAUGCGCAAUACGUUGACACCAUCAUUUACCGGAAGUAAACUUAAGACAAUGUUCGAUCUGAUCAACGAAUGCAGCGUGGAAGGCAUCAGAUAUAUUGAGAACGAGUUGAGAAACUCAAAUAGUUCAGAUAUCGAACUGGAGAUGAAGGAUUACUUUGAGCGUUUUGCCAACGAUGUGAUUGCAUCGGCUGCUUUUGGCAUUAAAGUUAAUUCAUUUGUGGAUAAAAAUAAUCAAUUUUAUAAAGCAGGACAGUCUGUGGCACACUUUUCGGGAUUGGCCAUGAUUAAGGUGAUACUUUUUGGAAUAAUGCCACGUGUCAUGAAGGCACUAGGAGUUCGACUGUUUGAUGCAAAAAAAGUGAGCUACUUUAACAGCUUAAUUUUUGAUGCCAUGAAAUAUCGCACAGAACAUAAAAUUAUACGAUCUGAUAUGGUACACUUGUUGAUGGAGGCAAAGCGACAGUUUCAACUGGAACAGAAAGAUGAGAUUAUUACAGAGUCUCUAAAAGAUCGUGCUGAGUUUAAUGAUGAAGAUCUCUUAGCACAAUGUAUACUCUUUUUUCUUGUGGGCUUCGAAACAAUGUCAGUCUGUCUUUCUUAUCUGUCCUAUGAGCUGUGUAUGAAUCCUGAGGUACAAUCACAGUUAUAUGAAGAGAUCUUGUCAGUCGAGCAGGAGCUACAAGGAAAACCUCUCAACUACAAUAUGCUGGCCAAGAUGAAGUAUAUGGAUCUGGUUAUAUCGGAGCUUUUACGUCUAUGGCCACCUGCAUUCAGCUUGGAUCGUGUUUGCGGCAAAGAUAUUGAUAUGUUUGAUGAUAAUCAAGACUUGUUGGCCAAGUUUCGAAAGGGUGACAUAGUUGUAGUACCUAUUAUUGCCUUACAUCGUGAUCCAGAGAAUUUUGCUGAUCCCAAUCGUUUCAAGCCGGAACGCUUUUUGGAGGAGAAUAAAGACCAAAUAAAGCCAUUCACAUAUUUACCUUUUGGUGUUGGUCCUCGAAGUUGCAUUGGCAAUAGAAUGGCGCUUAUGGAGGUUAAAUCUAUAAUUUAUCAUCUGCUAAGCAAAUUUCAGCUUGUGCCUGGUGAAAAAACGGUUAAGAAUAUGAUGGAUAGCUUGAAAGGAUUUCAUAUGCAGCCAAAGGAAAAGUUUUGGAUCAAAUUUGUGCGUCGCGAUGGUCCUUAAAAAAUUCAUGGAAAGCAUGAAUGAUAUGUAAUCACAAUAAUUAAUUAGUAAUCACAAUAUAUCGACAUAUAGAUAUCUGGGUAUAAUGAAGAUAAGAUUACAUUAUAUGUACAACUGAUUAAUAAAAUAAACAAAA